UGCCGAAAGCAAAGGUUGCCUGCAGUUGGGUGAAGCUCAAGACUCAGGAAGCAAAUAUACUCAGUCUAUUAUUCGGCAGAGUAUGUGACACAUCUCAGUGUUUUACAGGACAGCCAGACUUUCUUCCUCAGUACUUUCAACUUCUGUGGUAGGAGUUCACUUCAGGAGAAACUUGAAGGAGGAGGAGAGGACCUGAGAGAGACCAGGCAGGGCGUGGUCUGCCCCCGAGCCUUACAAGCACUUCUGAGGAGGCAGACAAACAUCUGCGUUCUACUACAUCAGGAUUCUGGACUUUUCUGUGAAAAAAUGUCCAAGCAGCCAUCGUCCAACGUCAAAGCCUUGCAGGCCAACCUUAAUAUCCCGAUGGGCGCUCUACGUCCGGGGGCGGGACAUCCUAUAAAGAGGAGAGAGGACACAGUAGAGGCAGAAGAGAUGCCCCCUCAGGAGCCCCAAAGCAGUCCCGAGGAGAAGAAGCAGAUGCCGGGAGCGGUCAAGCUCCCUGGUCCUGCCGUCAACCUCUCCGAGAUCCAGAAUGUCAAGAGCGAACUGAGAUGGGUCACUAAGGAUUAGAUGCCAAGGAUCAGCCCCUGCUCCCCUGCCCUGACGAAACAUAUGGACUGAGCCACUCUGGGUCCCAGACCCACACCAAGACUGACAGCCCUUUCCUGCUCAACUACUGUAUUGCCCAAGUUCACACACACACACACACACACAUACACACACACACACACACACACACGCACACACACACACACAGACACACACACAUGCAUACACACACUCUCACACACACAUGUUCACACAUACACACACACGACAACCAGUAGUAGUAGUGCCAAGACAGUAGUGUCUUGGCAAAACGUUUCAUUAUAUCGAUGAAGAUCAAGCCUGUCUUUGGGCAUCAGAUGGGACUGUGGAGAAAUGACCAGCGUCCACCUGUGUGAGGAACCAAAACAACGGCAAUCCCCAAAACAUGAACCACAGUGGGACUGAGGAAGACCUUCAACACUGACAGGGAAGAGUGGGGGGUAGGGUUGGGGUUGGGGGCAGAUCCUUCGCUCUGAAAGACUGACCAGGGGAGAGGAGGAACAAGCACACACACACACACACACACACACACACACACACACAGUUACAAAACACAACUAUAUAUAACACAACACAACACACACACAGUUACAAACGUCAUCUCUGUAUGUUCCUUGGCUUUCUGUUACGCAUUUGCAAUCUGUUGUUCCUGAUGCCACACACUGGUCUUCAGAAAUCUGAUCUUGAAAAGUGUGGCAUUUGUUUGUGCUUGUGAACAUGAGGAUCAUGUAUUAUGGCUGGUUUUUGAGUCUACUGUAAGUCACUUAAGUACUGUGUGCGUGUGUUUGUUUGUGUUUCUUUGACUACUGUGUUCAGACUGUAUUCACUCCGAUAAUUUACUUUCAAGUCUGACAAAUGAUUUACUGUAUGCAUCCUGAAGCUGACAAAGUUGUAGUCAACAAACUCACUUUUGAUGAAUGUGACUCCAAAAAAAAAAGAUGGAAGUUUU